GAGGCUUACCGGGAGGAGCACCUCAUUUGCAGACUGAUGAGGCAGUCUCAGCAGGAGCGGAGAAUUGCUGUUCAACUCAUGCAUGUUCGACGUGAAAAAGAGGUGUUAAGGCAGAACAGAAUUUUCAGGGAAAAACAAUAUGAAGAAAGACGACUGAAAGAGUUCCAGGAAGCUCUUGAUAGAGAAGCGGCUCUUGCAAAACAAGAAAAAAUUGAUCAUGAAGAACAAAUUAUCAAAGAAAGAGAAUGUCAUGAGAAAAUUGCCAUUGAAAGAGCUCAGGCACGUUAUAGAAAGCAUUAUUCUAUAUGCUGGGAAGUGAUUAACCAAGUCAUUGAUUUGUCAACAAAAGUAGGAGAAUAUCGUCUACUGACAAACAACAGAAUUCCAUUAAAACUGAUGCUUGAUUGGAAGGAAAUUUUUUUUAAUGGCAAACCAAUGUAUGAACAAGCCUCAAUUCAACCUUUGCCAAAUGAACCAAGCCCAGAACAAGUUGUAGAGCUGAAUAAAAUGAAUCUCUUAGAUGAAAAAGAUUAUGGUGAAUACAAGGUACAUCUAACUGAUAACACAUUGAACUUGAAAAUAUUUGGAAGCUACGACAUCAUCAGUUGUGGCUACUCACUUACUAAAGUACUGUGUGUUGAUACUCUGGUUCAGGAAGCCAUCCAAGCUUUUCUUAAAAAUGAAAUGAAAAGUGAACACAAUGCUAUUCCACAAGAAGCAGAGAGUUCUGAGGAACAGAAUGAG